UCGGUCCUGCCGUUGACCAAAACAGGAAUGGUGGUGAAGCUGUCGGGGUGGAGCAGCUCCGUCAGCACAGUCUAAUGUAGAAAUGGAACUGAGGAUCAGUCAGCGAUAGAAAUAUGAAUUGUUACAUAUUAGUCAGCAGUUCAUUCGCCGACUAGCUGGUACAGGUACAGUAGACUUCGCGUCUAUGGCGGAUCUGACCCACUUAGUGCUCCGCUUUUCGGGCUCCGCUGGUCGGACUUACGGAGUGUUUUCCAAAGGCUUGACGAGGACCUUGUUGAUAUUUUUUGACCUCGCCUGGCGUCUGCGAAUCCGAUUCCCCUAUUUUUACCUCGUCGCCUCGAUGAUGUUCAACGUGAGAUUACAGGUACACAUUGAAAUUCACUGAUCUACCUUUGGGAUUUAAGACUAGGAAACUGGCAGCGAUGCCCUGCAUCAGUCCUUUAAGAGACUCACUGAGACCUCAGCGUCGGGGACGAAGAGGUCACGUCACUCGCUGUAGAGAGACGCGGCCUCUUGUUGUGCUCAGACCUUGUGCCUUUGCAAGUAAAUGACAGCAGUUAUGUCUUCAGAAAUGAACUGUGAAAUACCAAGGUGAAGGAAGGAGGAGUUUCAGAAUCACACCAGAGACUGAGAAGCUGCUCGUCCUGUCUGUGAAACUUGUGUUGAAUGAUGUUAACACUGCAUCUCUCUCUUGGCAUCGAUGACUAUGGCACAAAUUAUAACAGGAAAACAGAUGAUUGUUAAUGUGGAACGUGGCUGUACUUGGUGAUCAAUCAUGUGCGUUAUCCUCACUGUUACACAUGUUUUUUUAAAAACUGGAUAAUUUUCACUUUAUUUUUAAUUUAUUAUGGAAUCUGCAUGAUGUAAACUGACAUUUGCAGCCCUUUGUGGCUGACACUUUAUUUGAGGUCAUGGCUGUAGACGGUACAUGGUUUUUCGAUAGCUACCUUUUAAACACACUGUUCAUCGGGUAGUUUCAAGCCUCAAAGAGAAUCACUGCAUGUGUACGUGGUGGUGACGCUGGUGAAUGAAGCAAGACACUGUUUUUACUUUAGUUUAACUGGUAUCAAUGUUUUGUGAGUAUGUUAUCUGGUCACAGAACUGAGGGUAAGAACGGGUGAAUUUUGGAGGAAAUAAAUCAGUAGAUCACCUCAA